AUAUUCUUCAGUCCCAUAAAGUAACGCUCUCCUCUAUCAUUUUCUGGAAACACAGCCAGAGCAAAAACCCUGAACCCGUUUUGUGGGCGAACGAGAGCUCAAAAUGUCAUCGUCGGCAGAGACCGUCGCCAACAUCGAAGAGCUCCUGAAGUAGAUCCUGGUAAGGGUUCCACCUCUAUCUCUGAUCCGCUUCAAGUCCGUCUCCAAGCACUGGCUAUCUCUCAUCUCCGACCCUCACUUCCGUCGCCGCCACUCUCCGAAACCCUAACCCCAAAAUCUCCGCUUUCUUCGACGAGUCGUUCAACUCCAUCCCUCUUAAUGACAGUGAAAUCCCACCUGGGUGGAGCCCCUUCAAAACCCUCACCGAUUCCGUCCCUGAUGGAUCUAAAUUGAGGAUUCUCCAGUCCUGCAAUGGCCUCUUCCUCUGCCACAUUCCUAUACCGUUUGAGCAAAGAGUUCAACACCAUCCCGUAUACGUAGUCAAUCCCACCACCAACGAGUUCCGUCCUCUUUCUUCCCCCAGCGUCAAUCCAGACACCACUUUUGCACGCUACGCUCUGGCAUUUGACCCUUCAAAAUCGCCUCCUGCUCUGCCUCACCAACCACUCCUAUUACUUCUACUGGAAUGAUCAUCGCGACGAGGGGCACCACCGCAUAGAGAUAUACUCUUCAGAGACCGCAGAGUGGAAGCGUCUCGAUACUCCUCUCUUCGCCAGCGAUGAUGAUGAUGGUAGGGAGACGACUAUGCAUUUCGACGAGAGUUGCAGGGAGGGCGCAGUGUACUGCAAUGGCGGAGUUCAUUGGAUAAGAGAUAGAAUGCAAGUUGGCUUGUGUUGGAGCAGGACAAGGAUAGGUGACUCUUGGUCCAAAGAUACUUGGAUAAGAAAUGAUUGUGAUGUGUUGCACUACUUUGAUGUAGGUGAAGAACAAUUUCGACUUGCCCCUGCUACUCCUCCUCCUGUCCCCUUGGUUGCCAAAGACCUUAGCUAUGACAUUAAUUAUGGUUGGCCGAGAUUUGAUCGUAUAUGUUUUGGGGACUGCGGUGGCCGUUUGUAUUUGAUUGAGAGUUUUCAGUAUUGCAAGACUCGAUUUGAGGUCAUGGAGAUGGAGAGGGACUACUCUGGCUGGCUUGUUAAGUAUCGUGUUGAUCUUAAUCCGCUAGUCGCGGCUUAUCCUGGAGAGGAUUGGGAUGCUUGUGUUGUCUUGGGCCUUUCUCAAGAGGAUAAGACAGAUAAUGGGGUUGAGGAUACUUCAACUGAUCUUUUGUUGCACCUCCCUGGUAAGAUCAUAUCCUAUAAUCUGAGGAAUGAGACAUUCAAGACAUCUGCUGAGUUAGGCAAUGAGGAACUUUUUCAAGCUUUCGGUGAUAAUCAUGGUAUUGAAGAGGCUGUUACUUUUCCUUAUAUGGAGACUCUGGCUUGUUUGUGAGGAUCGUAUCUAUAUGUAUCCCAUACAUGUUAUGUUGCUGUUGCCAUGUACACUAUGGUUUUACUGGCAAUGGAGGACGAAUCUCAGGUUUAAACUAUGAAAAGUCAGGGCUCUGAUGUAAGUUUAUUUUUCUGGUUUUGAAAAGUCAACUAAAACAUGCUGAUCAAUCUAGAACUAUCUAUUACAAACUAGUAAUCUCUUACAGUUUAUCUUCAUUUCUAUCAAGCUG